UUUCAGUUUUCCUGUCUCAAUAGUUAAUAUCUAUCCGGGGCUGUCAAUGUAAAAAAAAAAACGUCGUUAAUCUGCUAAACGCUUAGAUUUGACGUCGUCUGACGCUUUAAACGUCCAUUUAGUUGCUUGAAACCAUUCGCCUCAGUGAGCCGCGUCUAGCGCUGAGACGCGCGGCCUGCUGAAGCCUCGGGAUUUCCUGCGCGCGUCACACCGGGGAAGUGUCACUCAGGAUUGGGCGCGCUUGUGGCGCUAUUUCAAUGACUGCAGUAUCAAAUUUCGCAGCAUUUUACAAUAGUCAGAGAACACACUAUCUGCUCAGCUAACGUUAUUGUUACGCCACAGUGUGUAAGUAAAUACAUUUGAGCGCGCGUGCGUGUCACUGUCGGUCAGUUGCUAAAUAAUUACGUAAACAUGCAAAAAAAAAAAAAAAAAAAAUACCGCCUGCAAUUUACAUGUUUAUGCUUUGCAACUGGAGAAUACAAUCCAAAAGUCAUUAUAUAUGCCUUUUGUCUCUAUAAAUACAAUGAAACCAGAGUGAAUAGACAAAAGUGUCAAAAGCGCUCUAGACACAAGUGCAUGAUCCACAUGAUGAUUAACAUCACAUCGCAUGUAAAUCAAUUUCCAUGUUACCUCUGUUGUCUUAUAUUUGUGUGUAACGUUUGCUGACCGUUUCUGUGUGUAGAUGUGUAAAGAAAGAAACAUAAAUAAAGAGAUUGUUGUAGUCCAAAACUGUACUUGAAAGACAUCCAUCCGUCCGAAGCACUUGUAAUGAUGACAUGACACCACUUUAGGUGUUUAUUUGGAGUCAUCGCUUUGGUCCAAACACCCCGUUAUUUCACCUGUUGCUUGGCUGAUAAGCCUCAAAUCCAUGUGCUUAGCCAGCAACAGGGCGGGUGUGUUGAGGCGGGACAUGCCCGGGCAUGAUCGCAGAGAGAGAGAACUGAGCCUGAUCGACCGCCAGGGCUUCUGAAGCCACUCACGCUUUUGACGUGUCAUGCCCGAACCCGCCCAGGACAUGAUGAUCCCGCAGUGGAUUCUAGCCCUGACAUGUCUCUGUCUGUGUCUUUUUAAACUGUAGACCGGCCCUGAACCGGCUCACACUCCUCACUAACCCUGAGCUCAAGCACUUUAUGUACAGCUAGCAGAGUAUAUAUAGAAGAUUCUUAUGCAGAGUAGCCAAUUUACCUCUAUUUGCACAGAUAACUACCAAUAUGGCAACAGAAAGUUGUUUAAGCAGUUCUCAGAUCAACAAGGUUGACAACGAAAAACUGGUAAGACCCAAAGUACUGUUGAAAAGCCUGUUAGAAGAUGCAGGUGCAGAUAAGGAGGUUUUCACCAUGAAGGAGGUUAUGUUUUAUUUGGGGAAGUAUAUCAUGAGCAAGGAGUUGUAUGACAAGCAGCAGCAACACAUCGUCCACUGUGGAGAGGACGCUCUCGGCGCUAUCCUGGGGGUGAAAAGCUUCUCGGUCAAAGAGCCCCGAGCCCUCUUUGCAAUGAUCAGCAGAAACCUAGUGGCAGUGAAAAACCCAGAGACUCAGUCUACCUUCUCUGAACCCAGGAGUCAAAGUGAACCGGACAGAGGCCCUGGGGACACAGAUUCUGAUUCUCGCUCAUCUACCUCACAACAGCAGCGCAGGAGGAGGAGAAGCAGUGAUCCUGAAGGUUCUUCGGCAGAAGACGAGCCCAGAGAGUGCAGAAAGAGGCACAAGUCAGACAGCUUCUCCCUGACAUUUGAUGACAGCUUGUCAUGGUGUGUGAUCGGAGGCCUGCACCGAGAGAGGGGGAACAGUGAGUCUUCAGAGGCACAGAUCAACCCUGAUGUAGGUGUAUCUCACAGUGAGAACAGUGAAGAGAGUGAGGACUCUGGAUCAGACUCUGACUCUGAUAACUUCAGUGUGGAGUUUGAGGUGGAGUCCAUUGAUUCUGAUGCUUACAGUGAGGACGAUGAAGAUUCGGUGCCUGGAGAAAAUGAGGUGUAUGAAGUGACAAUCUUUGCUGAGGAUGAAGACUCAUUUGAUGAGGAUACUGAGAUAACCGAGGCAGACUACUGGAAGUGUGCCAAGUGUGAUGAGCUCAACCCUCCUCUUCCUCGACACUGCAAAAGCUGCUGGACCGUUCAACCUGGCUGGCUUCCAGACACACAAAUAUGUGAAAGCACACAAAAUGGCACAGAAGACACCAGCAUCACUACACCCCCCAGCACUGACCGCAGCUCGCCCUCAAAUGCCAAACAGCUACCUUCCAAACCCUCCAGCCCUCUCCCGGAAACAGAUGAAGGAGUGGACGUACCCGACGGUAAGUGCUCGCAAUCUCCCACCAUGGCCAAAGACGAUCUUCCCUCUGGUGCAUCGGGGUCCGUGACUGAUUCUCAAAAUACAUCUUCCCAACCCUCCACCUCUUCAGGGGGCAGCAGCCAGGAAGAGACCCCUGAGCUGGAGCGCUACAACAGCCUGGAGGCCUGUCUGCCCACCACCUGCCUAGAGCCAUGCGUCAUAUGUCAGAGUCGUCCCAAGAAUGGCUGUAUUGUCCACGGAAGAACUGGACACCUUAUGGCGUGCUAUACCUGCGCUAAGAAAUUGAAAAACCGUAAUAAGUUGUGUCCGGUGUGCCGAGAGCCCAUUCAGUCGGUCGUGCUGACCUACGUGAGCUGAGGCACCGCAAAUAUACCUCCUCGUCUUUCCUCUCAUGAAGUUUGGAAGGGUCAGAUGUUGCCUUGCCUUGUAUUAUAUGCCUUAUUAAUAUUUUGUGUUAAAGUCAAUUUGUAAUAUGUUUCUUAUUGAUUUAAAGAAUUUUAUUUAUAACUUUUGGACAAGCGAGGUUUCUCACAUGCUGGGUUGCGAAUUCACACUGCUUAUGUUUUAGGGGUUGGGUUGAGAUUGGGUUAGAAACUAAAACAAUUGUAAAGAUUACAUUUUGGAUUUGCAAUGAACUCAUAACUAAUCAAAAUGUAUAAAUACAGUACAACUUUUUUUGUGAAUUGCUCAGAAGCAUCUUGAUUGUAUAAUUGUUAAUUUAUGUUCAUGCUGAUGUAUAGUUCUCCUCUGAUAUAAUAGUAAUUACAGUUGUUUGCUACACUGAAUUGUUCCUGAGUUGUUAGGUAACCCCCCAGUUGCUGAAAGUCUUGUAAGAGUCGCAUGACUCUUUCUCUCACUGUUUAUUUGGAGUCCCUCAGAAACCCUACACCUACCCCAAAACCUAACCUACGACUAAGUCUAAACAUAAACAUAAACUUACAGUGAAUGAGACUCUCAUGAGACUUAGGCUGCUGGAAGAUUACCUUCUAGACACAGGGGAGUUGGAGCUCUUAAGACGACCCUUUAAAACUGUUGUUCCUUAAAGGAAUUGCACCAUUUUCUGCUGCAAAGACUCUUAUCCUAUUUCUGAGUGAAGCAUAAUAAAUGAUUAUUUUGA